CACAGGAUAUCUACUGGUUGGCUCAAUGUCUUUACCUAACAGCUCAGUAUCACAGGGCAGCACAUGCCCUUCGAUCACGGAAACUGGAUAAGUUGUAUGAGGCAUGUCGCUACCUUGCAGCUAGAUGUCAUUUGGGUCACUGGAGUAUCCAUUGUGGCACUAAUCGGAAGAAAUGCAACUGACCUUUUUUCCCAGGAAAUACUCCUCUAAUAUUUUGUGGGGAAAAAAUGUGAACUAUUUUUGUCUCAUGUCUUCAUGUUUACACUUUUAUUUGGUUGGCUGUAAUCUGACCAGAGGAGAUGUGAUUUGUGGUGACAUAACUAUAGUUAGCAGUUUUGUACUUCUGUAUAAGAUCUCAUACAUAAAAGUAUGCUGCAAAAGAGCAUCAACAGGCCUUGGAUAUUCUUGAUAUGGAGGAGCCAAUCAACAAACGACUUUUUGAAAAGUACUUGAAGGAUGAAAGUGGAUUGAAAGAUUCUACUACAGACUGGGAGAUGUCACAGUCUUCAAUCAAGAGCUCUAUAUGCCUUUUACGAGGGAAGAUCUAUGAUGCUUUGGACAAUAGAACCCUGGCAACUUACAGCUACAAAGAGGCCUUGAAGCUUGAUGUUUACUGCUUUGAAGCAUUUGAUCUGUUAACGUCACACCAUAUGCUGACAGCACAAGAAGAAAAAGAACUCCUUGAAUCUCUACCUCUUAAUAGACAAUGUACGGAAGAAGAACAGGAAUUGCUUCACUUUUUAUUUGAGAAUAAAUUGAAAAAGUAUAAUAAACCCAGUGAAACACUGAUUCCUGAAUCAGUAGAUGGUCUUCAGGAAAACCUGGAUGUAGUAGUAUCCUUAGCAGAAAGGCAUUAUUACAACUGUGACUUCAAAAUGUGUUACAAGCUUACUUCAGUAGUGAUGGAAAAGGAUCCCUUCCAUGCAAAUUGUUUACCUGUACAUAUAGGGACACUUGUGGAGCUUAACAAAGCAAAUGAACUUUUCUAUCUUUCUCACAAACUGGUGGACUUGUACCCAAAUAAUCCUGUGUCAUGGUUUGCAGUAGGAUGCUAUUAUCUCAUGGUUGGCCACAAAAAUGAACAUGCUAGAAGAUAUCUCAGCAAAGCUACCACACUGGAGCGAACCUAUGGCCCUGCGUGGAUAGCAUAUGGGCAUUCAUUCGCAGUGGAGAGUGAGCAUGACCAAGCAAUGGCCGCGUACUUCACAGCUGCACAGCUCAUGAAAGGGUGUCAUUUGCCUAUGCUCUACAUUGGACUGGAAUAUGGUUUGACCAACAACUCCAAGUUGGCUGAACGGUUUUUCAGCCAAGCUUUAAGCAUUGCUCCUGAAGAUCCUUUUGUUAUGCAUGAAGUUGGAGUGGUAGCAUUUCAAAAUGGAGACUGGAAAACUGCAGAAAAGUGGUUCCUUGAUGCACUGGAAAAAAUCAAAGCUAUUGGAAAUGAGGUAACAGUUGAUAAGUGGGAGCCUUUAUUGAACAACUUAGGACACGUCUGCAGAAAACUCAAGAAGUAUGAAGAAGCACUGGAAUACCAUCGCCAGGCUCUGGUAUUAAUCCCUCAAAAUGCUUCUACCUACUCUGCCAUUGGCUACAUACACAGCCUCAUGGGCAAUUUUGAAAGCGCCAUUGACUAUUUCCACACGGCCCUUGGUCUCAGGCGGGACGACACAUUUUCGGUCACAAUGCUUGGACACUGCAUAGAAAUGUACAUUGGUGAUUCUGAAGCUUAUAUUGGAACAGAGAUCAAAGACAAAUUAAGAUGUUAUGACUUCGAUGUACACACAGUGAAGACACUAAAGAACAUCAUUUCACCUCCCUGGGAUUUCAGAGAAUUCGACAUAGAAAGACAAACUCUGGAUGAAAGUGGCAUAGUAACAUUAGAGACAUCAAAUCAGAGGAAAAGUACAGAUACUAGUCGCCCAUUGGAAGAAACAUUUGAGAUUGAAAUGAAUGAAAGUGAUAUGAUGUUAGAAACAUCAAUGUCAGACCAUAGUACGUGACCAUAAAUACUGGUAGAGAGCUGA